AUGGAGAGCGACACGAUGUCAAUCACGACUCCCCUCUACACGCUCAACCCCCCUCCUGUAUACCGUCUUCCCACGGAGAUCCUGGCUGGCAUCUUCGUCCUUCUGAAAGAUUAUCAUUACACCCCUGCAAGCUUCGCCCGUACCGUCUCGCGUGUCUGCAAGCCCUGGCGGUCAAUCGCUCACAGCACUGGCCAACUAUGGAACGCAAUCGUUAUCGACGACGACGAGGAUGGAUGUCAUCUGAUGGCAUAUUUGGACGCUUGCUUAACGUUGUCCGGCCUCUGCGGUCUGGAUGUAACUUGCUACUCCAAGGUAUAUCUACCGAGUGUCAUCGCCAAGUUACUGCCUCAUGCGCACCGCUGGGAGUAUGUGGAACUCACUGGUCAUUGGCGCGACUUCCUCUCUCUUUCGACCCUAUCGCCCAGUUGCCCACGACUCAAGAAAGUGUCCUUCGAGUCGGACCCUCGCGAGGAUCUGGUGCACAUCACGGGAAUGUUAGACUUUACAAGGGAUAGCACCGCGCAACUAGAGCAUCUCUCAGUUGACGCAAGCUGCGCAAGACGCGUCGGGGGCGAUAUAAACAUACCAUCCUUCAUCGGCCUCCGCCACCUGGACAUUUCUUUGGGCGAUACGUGGCAUUGCCCGUCUGCGCUCUUACGCGCUGCAUCGUUGUCUCGGCUGACAAUCGAUUUCCUUGCGACUGACUGCUGCCGGCCAGACGGUCUAUGGACAGAGCUGGACGCCCUCGAGCCGGUCCACAUGCCCGUGUUGUACAAGCUCUGCCUCUGCAACGCAUCGCACGUCCUCAUGCGGUACAUCGUCGCGCCCGCCCUCGAGGAGCUGCUCUUGACCUGCCCCACAUCCGCGCGCGGCCUGCCAGACGGCGAUUUCUGCACGUCGCUCCUUGCGCUCGUCUCCGCAAGCGAUGCGCCACACCCCCUUCUCGACUUCACCGCCCAGGACAUCCCGGAGGACUUCGACGAGGCCGCUGCCCGCGCCUUCCCCCGCGCCCUCGAGCGGCUCGGGAACCUGGAGGAGCUCAGCGUGCAAUGCACGGGCGGCGAUGACCGACCGGUCCUGUCGCGCACCGUGAUCAGCGCGCUCGUAUGCCGCGAGGGCGUCCCGCCGCUCGUCCCGAACCUCACCAAGUUCUGCAUCAGCCCGAACUACGGCUGUUUCCCGCCGGAAGUGAUGAUUGAGCAUCUGCUCCUCAUACAGGACGUGCUCUUCUCGCGCGCGGUGCCCCGUGUCAUCGACGGCACGCCUGUGGCUGCGCUGGAGAGUGCGCAGGCUCCGGAAAUCCAGUAUAUGGGUCCCGUCGACGGCCGGGAAAAUAUGGAUGAGGUAUGA